GUGCAAGCAGCUCCACAACAAGUCGCUGAGGACAAAUUUGUCUUUGACUUACCGGACUAUGAAAACAUCAAUCACGUUGUGGUGUUCAUGCUGGGAACUUUGCCUUUUCCCGAAGGAAUGGGAGGAUCUGUCUAUUUUUGUUAUCCGGACCAGAGCGGGAUGGCAGUGUGGCAGCUGCUUGGGUUUGUCACUAACGAGAAGCCAAGUGCCAUCUUCAAAAUUUCUGGUCUCAAAUCUGGAAAAGGAAGCCAACACCCCUUCGGUGCCAUGAACCUCCCUCAGACGCCAACGGUAGCCCAGAUUGGAAUCUCAGUUGAACUGCUGGAGAGUUUGGCCCAACAGACUCCUGUGGCAAGUGCUGCUGUAUCAUCAGUAGAUUCCUUCACUGAGUUCACUCAGAAGAUGUUGGAUAACUUCUAUAAUUUUGCUUCCUCAUUUGCCGUUACUCAGGCACAGAUGACUCCGAAUCCUUCUGAAGCUUUCAUUCCUGCAAAUGUAGUUCUGAAAUGGUAUGAGAACUUCCAGAGACGUCUGACACAGAACCCUCUCUUUUGGAAAACAUAAACUUAAAUCAUGGCAUUUGAAGUGUUUUCUAAAGAAUGUUAUCUGAAAGAUGCAGUGAAUAUGUCCACUAAAUUUUCUUGGGGGGGAAAAACGAUUAGUCUGAAUAGACAACAUUGUAACUUUUAUAAUACUUUCAAAUUAUUUAAAAUUAAAAUCCAUGAAAACUA